AUGUCGUUCAUAGAUUCAUCCACAAACUUGAGACAAACUGAAAGUACACUGGAUACCAGUACUAUAUCUAUAGAGAAUGAUUAUGAAAAUUCUACAGAAGCCGAACAGGUUUCAAAUAAUGAACAGAACGAGCUCGUCGUUCAAGAACUGGAGACAGCACGGUCUACAGCUGAAACUACAGCUGAAACUGCAACUGAAGUAUCCCGGAGAAGACGACGCCGUGUAAGCAACGACGAUCCUGCUGAGAAGAUUAUAAAUUAUUUAAAGACUCGAAAAUCGGGUACUACGGACAGAAACGCUACAGAAAAUCUUGUCAAAAUAGCGUGUGAUCGAAUGGACAUGCAUUUUUUAGGUUAA